UUGGCGUGGCGCGGCGCGAAAAAUAGGAGCCAAAAACCUGUAGAGGAUUCCUGUUGUUUACAUUUGUCUUGUUAUGCUUUAAAUGAAUACAUUGUAAUUGAAUAGUUGUUUGUGAUCGGUUGUCAUUCGAGUUGGAUAUGAUAAUUUGACUUUAGGAAAACUAAAACGUUAGAUUUUAUUUUAAUACAUCAGUAAAUAUUUGGAAAGCGUUAGAUAUUUGACAGCCGCGAAAUGAGGUCAGGAACAACACGCAGUAAAAACAACAACAACAACAACAACAAAGACGAAGCUUUACCUAUCGAUUCCCUUCGGCUUUUGGCUCCUCCUCUGAGAUUGGUCUCGGCGGCCAUGUGGAAAGUGAUGCAGCAGAGGGACGUGAUGCACUACGGAAAGCUGGAAGAGUUUGUGACAUCUGUCUCAGAGACUGUACCUGGGUUGCUGAGUUAUAGACACCAGGCCAAGCUGAGCGUGGGUCUGCGGGCACGGCUGAUCCUGGAGCAGUUCCGUGUGGCCCAGUCUCCUGACCCUGAGCUCAUUCUUUCCCAGCUAGACAGACUGCGUGCUCCCGCCCUGCCUAGCAGUACAAGAACGAGACUUGAUCAGAAAGUGGAGAUGGCUGUGAAGAACUUCCACACACAUGUGCAGACUCUGCUGGAGAACCCAGCAGAGAGAGAGCAGUUCUUCAAGAAAGAGUUUGACUCUCAGUAUGGGCCUCAGUAUGACUUGGCUCUGGAGAAGCUGCUGUGGGAGUUUCUGACCCGACUGGACCAGCUGCUUCCAGUCCCAGAUCUGGCUCAGACUGUCUCAUGGCUCACUGCAGCUCCGACUGUUCUGGAGGAGUGUGCACGCUCUGCGUCACAACCACAACUCCUCAGGACUCUACUCCAGCACGAGAAAUGCCUUGGACAUCUGGGCUCUGCAGCAUCUGUUCCGUCCUCCAUUGGGGACUCCGUCCUCUCUUCACUUUCCCUCCCUCUCUCAGGCAAAGUGCGAGACAGCAACCAAUCAGGAUCUACUCCCUCACUGAACAUGAUCCAAAGUCCCACCUCGUCGACACAAAAAUCCAAUAAGAGGCAAACGAGAAGAACCGCGUCACCCAUCAAACCGGUUAUUGGCUCAAUAUCAACGGCAGACAUCCCAUGUGAAGCUUCAACCGAUCCGAAUGUAGAAUCCAUUUCAGAAAAGGACAGCGAAGAAGUAGUUACAAAGGUUCCUAAUUACACGAGGUUCAAAACAAGGUCUUGUCAGAAGAGUGAGAUUUUAGAGAAAGUUCCAAACCAGGAACACUGUGUAGGGAAAGUGCUGAUUACAGUGAUCAAUCAAACACCUACACCUACGAGCAGUGAAGUCGAUGAAGAGGAUGAAUCUCAAAUCAGACCAGUGACAAGAAGUAACGGGAAGAGUGGUGUAAAUGAUAAACGAAGAUUGAGAAGCGGUGACAAAACGCUGGAUUUGGGAAGGAAGAGGAAAAGAGAAGGUAGCAGCAAGACAUCUCAGAGAAAUUCCCAGGACACAAAGCCACAGGAAGAGCAGGGCCUGCGUGCUGACCUUGCUUCCUGUAUGAAACCGCUUAGAGUCAUCAUCCCAAGACUGGAAAUGAAAGAUUCGUCUCAAACAGUGUUGCUGAAGUCCACGACCAAUGAGGAGCAUACUACAGUGUCUCCAAGACGACCUGCCAUCGAGGGCGUGUCUGCUGGAAGAAAUGUCGAUGCCAUGAACCGAAAGAGGAAACUCUGUGUCUUCGCAACCCCUGAGAAGAACCUGACCGGCAGUAUUGAUAAGCAAGUAUAUGCUGGCUCUCCCUGCAUCCCUACACUCAUGCCUUUAAGGACGGAAAGUUCAGACACGGCCUCUCCUGUAACUAAAUCCACAGAUGACAUUGUUGUAGAUUCGGAAGAUGAAGCCACUGAGAAAGUUAAAGGAAGGCUGUUUACACAGCGAUAUUGCAAGACAAAGAGUGACACGUAUAUUCCCACUUUACACGAGUUCUGGACUCCUGCCUUCUUCCGCCGUGACCACCUCUCUCCAGGAAACGGGUAUAGAUGAGGCAUUCCCAAGGUCAACUUUUCUGAGGUUUUUUAAUUUGUACAGUAGGUACAUUAAUAAUUUUGCUUCGUAUUACUAAAUAAAUGCCGAAUCCUUUGUGAGACUAGCUAUAAUUAUGCAUGAUUUAGUAUAGUUUUUAUAUAUAUUUUUUGUAUAAUCAUGUUGAAUACUACCUAUGUAAAAAUUGUAUUAUUAUUAAUUAAUAAAUAUACUUUUAUAAAGUAAAACCAGAAAGUGUUUUUAUGGUGUGUUUUAUAGCUGAAAAUAAAAUUUGUUAAUUUUCACAUUUAAA